CUCUUCUCCUACCCUCCCUUACCUUGAAUUUAGAUACUGUAUUAAUAGUGUAAUAUAUGUAAAUGUGAUGUGAAUAAAUGUCCUGCAUGUAAGGUUUGUUAUGAUUUUUAUGAAUUUGAUCUGGUACUCCAAAAGGUUGUAAUUAUCCAACAGCAAGUGGUUUGAUUACAGGAUAGACCAAGAUAGAUAACAUUCCAGUAUACAGUUCAACCCCUCAAAUGAAAAAUUAGUAGGAUGAGUAAUGGAAUUGAUACAAGAAGUCUGUCUAUAAAGACAUCAACUUCAUCAAUCAAUAAUGCAGAAGUUGAUGUCCAAAGGUUAUAUGAAUCGAUAUUAAAAGUGAUCAUAUUAGAGUAUUCCAAUGAAGUACGAUUCAGAAUGCCCAUUUACAAACCAGCCACCGCAGUGGCUGAUGUUUCAUUACCUUCAAAUCUAUUAAGACAUCUUAAAUCAGAAUUGAAAUCAAUUGCUUUAAAUAAAAGCAAAACUAGUUAUGAUACCUUAACCAAGAACUCAUUAUUACGGUUCUAUAGUGAGAUCUCAGCUCCUGGUUUCCAAAUCGAUAUGAAACCUCUGUCAUUAGUAGGUAAAUUUGCUCAAUGUUCUACCAAAAUCAUCACCACCAGUAAUAUCACCGAUAGUAAAGAAAUCAAUAAAUUAGUAUCAUCUCAAACCAUCACUUUCGUCAAGAUUGUCAUUGAUUUAUUAAAGAAUGAUAGGAAUAAAGACGCCAUCAUAGCCAAGUUUGAAGAAAGUAAACGAAUGCUUAAUCCUCGUCAAUCAUGGCAAGUGGAUGCUAGUGUCGAAUAUCUUGAACCAUCUUAUAAUAUAAAUGAUAUGGAUCCAAGUAUGAUCUUACUCCUUCAUAAGUUAUUCUCCCAUACGGUUAUGACCAUACAGUUGGAUAUAAAUCGAUUGAAAGGAUCUGUACUGUCUAAAGCUUAUCAUAAAGAUAUCUUAUCAAUCUUAAAUAAUGAAAAUAUGACAGUAUCAAAAUUCACUACGAAUGAAGGGUAUGAAAGAUAUAAUGAAAAUCUUAAUAAAGAAGGUAAUCGAUUGAUUGAUAAAUAUAAGAUCCCUGACAAGGCAAGAUUAAUACCAUUACCAAAAUUAACCCCUGGUGAAGAAUUUUAUUUUUUACCCCCUUCUUCCCAAACAUUUGCAUAUUAUAUUAAAUUGAUCCGUCUAAGUUUAGACGUUUCCCAAGAAGAAGCUGAAUCAAGGACACUCUUGUUUUCAACAGAGAAUACGGCAUUGUUAAGACUUAUCCAUACUUCUUGGCUUAUAGAUAUACCGACAAGAGCAGUAGCAUUAUACACGGCGAUGAAUACAUCGAAUGAGAAAUUAAAUGAUGAAUAUGUCUUUGAUCUUGAAAAUGGAUUGAAGAUAUUUGAUAUAGUGAAGAAGAUCUUACAAGAAGGACAACUUGAUACCAAUGAUAGAUCAAAAUGGACCAGUCGUGAUCAAAACGAAUGGACAAAGAAUUUGACCUUGACUUAUAAUAAAGUAGCAUUAUCGAUUAAGAAUUCGAUUUUUGAUAUUUAUGAAAAGGGUCAAUCUAGUUGUAUACCAUAUUUCCAUUUCUUACAUGAAUUUAUUGAAAAUGAUCCGUUAUUUCCUAGAGUAGAAGCAACUGGAUUAACCAAGAAAUGGCAUCAAAGAUUGAAUAAUGCAUUAUUGAAUUUAUCUAUAGCAAGAUAUAAAUUCUUAUUUAAGAAAUUACCCAGAGAUCGAAAAUUAGAAAUUAAAGAUUUACAAAAGUUGAUCAGAAAGAUUCAAGAUGAUAGUGAAAAUCUUUCUGGGAAAUUUCCUACUUCAUUGGUUGGUGAUAUCAACGUGGCGAAAAUAUCGACCGUUAUAACACUUGCAUUCUUUUCAUAUGAUUCUCUUCGUGUAUUAAAGAAUGUUAGCCAUUAUGAUACAGACAUACUAUAUGAGUUAUUAUUUGAUAAGCUCUCCAUUUAUAAAACAAUGAAAGAAAUGUUUACAUUAUUACAAAGAAUAAUUGGAGAGAUUGAUAUCAAAUUCUUGACAGAUUAUUUUAAAAUCCAAAUUGCCAAAGAUAAUAAUAAAGCAUAUUUCCUUGAACUUUACAGAUCACUUCAAAAUCCAUCGAUUGUGAUUGAUCGGUUGGAAUCGAUCUUAUUUCCUGUAGUGUCCGAGUAUACAGAAGGUAUGGACACUACAGUAAGAGAUAUCGUGUCCAGCUCUAUUGAAAUAGAUGACUUUUUACCCGAUAAAGACCAAAAAUAUAGUACAUCUCCUAAAGAUAUCUUUAAAUUCAUAACUGAUUUACGAAGUAAUAUAAAUGAACUUGGAUGGGUCAAUAAAACACAUAACGCUAGUUUUUAUUCUUCAUUCUUAAAAGCAGUUUCUAAUGGUGCUUUGCAAUAUUCAGAUACUAUCAUGAAUAAAAUAUCAGAUGAUUUAGAUAAUCAAGAUCAUGAUCAAAAUUUCAAAUUACGUCAAGAAUUAUGUGUGGCUUUGAAUGAUUUAUCUAAAGUUAUGGAAUAUCUUAUUCUUCUCGAUACAGGGAAUACAAUUGAUUUAUCUAUUCUUAAAUCAGAAGAGGAUACUAAUGCUCUCAAAAGCCAUGUAUUCACUAUCAGAGUCAUCAGAGCUGAGAAUUUAAUGCAUUUAGAUGCAUCGGGUAAGAAAUCAAUUCUUAAAUACCCUUAUGUACAAUUAACUGAUAUGGAAUCAGCUAAAGUAGUUGGAAAAACAAGAGCUUGGGCCAGCACGUCAAAUCCAGAAUGGGAUGAAGAAUUCGAAGUCACCUUAUUAGGAAAUAUGAGUUUAAAGCUUGCCUUAAGUGUUUGGGAUGAUAAAUCGAAACAAGCAAUCUUAUGUGGAAGAGCUAAUAAAGAAAUUGAUCCUCGAAAAUUUACAGGUGAUGGUACACCUCAAGAAUUUCUGUUGGAAAUCGGUACUCAAGGUACAGUUAUAAUUGAAGUAUCGGUUGAAGAUGAAACUGGUGAUGCUAUGUUUUUAAUGGGUAAAGCAGUUAGAUCAUUAAAGAGGAGUGAAACUAGAUCAGUGAAAUUGAUUGUCGAUAAAUUCUUAAACUCGAUUCAAGAAUGUAUUUCAACUGUUAAUUUAAAUCUUGUUUGUGGUACAACUGGUAAGAAAGAACCUACUGAAGAUGAAAUGGAGUCAGUGUUGGAACCACUUAAACAUUACUUCAAUUCUAAUUUAGAAGUAUUGGCUCAAAAUUUAACUAGUGAAUCAUUACGAUUAAUAAUUGAAGCUACUUGGAACUUAGUAGUAGGAUGUAUUGAUGAGUUAGUACUACCAAAGUUAACUAGUUCAUUUUCACUUCAAGUUUUAUUAAGAGGUUCAGCAACGUUAGGCUUACAAGGUACCAUAUCUUCCGCUAUGGCUAUGGCUUCAUUAAGUAGAAAUGGAAAAUUGGUUACCAGAAAUGAGUUAACCACCGUGUUUUAUUGGCUUGAAAGUAUGAAAGGAUUCUUUGAAAGUGAUGUAGUUGAUGUGGCACUGAAUGAAAAAUAUAAAUCACUCUUGCUAUUUCCCGAAAUAUUUUAUAAGGAUACUCAUUCAUUAAUGCUGGAAAUAGAAGGUAUAUCAGCAGAAUCAUUAUAUUAUGAUAAUGAUGGUCGUGAUAAUAAUCUACAUAGAACACCAUCGGCCAUUGGAAGAAUAUUUCGAAGUAGAACUAUCGUGGCACAUGCUACAAGAUCAAAUAGAAAGGAGGCAGCUACUUUAUUAAAGAAUUCUAAAAAGGAUCCAAAUUUCUUAAGAAAAACUAGAGAAGAUAUGAUUUUAAGAUUAUUAAUUGCUAGAAAUGAAAAGAAUUUCGUAGUCAGACGAUUACAAGCUAGAGAAAAAUCAGCUCAAAAAGCUGCUAUAACGAAUUUAGCUUUAAUGAUUACUCAAACAAAUAUUCAUAAGUAAAUUUAAUAAACACAAAAUUAUACAUUUUUUUAAAAAAAUACUAAA